UGAGAACUUGCAUCUCGUUUUUCAACUUGGAGAUGAUGGGUCUUCAAUUCCGUUUAAUAACAAUUUCACCGGUGGAUCAAACCACCAGUCUGAAGAUAUCCACACUUGACAAAAGAAGCACAUGAAGCCGAUCCUGGAAAAAUACCGCAAUUCUCAUAACCAUCGCAACAAACUCGACUUAAUCCUUGUCCAAAGCCACACGCGGACUACUCACUAGUGACUUCUCGACUUCAAUCAAUCAAUCAUCAUCAUCACAACAAUAACACCUACCUAUUGAAAGGCUCACAUCAACAACAAUCAUAAUGUACUCCAAAUUCUGGCCCAAAGGCGGCCUGCCCGGCAUCCUCCACCACUACACCGAAACCCUCGUCACAUUCGAAUACACAACCCCCUCAAUCCGCAAACCCCACAGCCUCCUCUUCGUCGGCGGCCUCGGCGAUGGCCUAGCCACAACUUCCUACAUGGCCGACCUCGCCAAAGCCCUCCAACCAACAGACUGGUCCCUCUUCACCCUAAACCUCACCUCCUCCUACCAAUCCUGGGGUCUGGGCCACCUCGACCGCGACACCACCGAAAUCGCCCAAUGCCUAAACUACAUCAAAGACUACAAGACCGAGACCUACGGUCCGGGGAAGAUAGUCCUAAUGGGCCAUUCAACCGGCUCCCAGUGCGUUUUGCACUAUCUCUCCCGUCCCAACCCGCACCCAACUGUCCCAGCGUUCGAUUCAACCCUUGAGCAUGUUACGCGCAUGAGACUCGACGGCGCGAUCAUGCAGGCUCCCGUUUCUGAUCGUGAGGCGAUUAAGUGGGUCUUGAAAUGGGGGAUUGGGGGCAAGACGCCGGAGCAGGUUAAGGAGAUUUAUGAUAAGGUAGUUUCGAUGGCGCGUGAGGGUGUGGCGAAGGAUGAGGAGCAGGGAUUUGAUACGCUGCUUCCGAUUGCAUUGACCGGGCAAAUGGGGUAUCCGGCUAAUACGCCGAUUAGUUGUCGGCGGUUGUUGAGCUUGGUUAGUCCUGAUAGUCCGGCUGCGCCGGGGGAGGAUGAUAUGUUUAGUUCGGAUUUGAGUGAGGAGCAGCUUGGGAGGACGUUUGGGUUGAUUGGCCAGGGCGGGUUGCUGGGGUAUAAGUUGAUGGUUUUACAUUCUGGCGCCGAUCAGUCGGUUCCGGAUUGGGUGGAUAAGGAGGCGUUGUUGGCGCGGUGGAGGGAUGUGGUGAAUAAGGGGGGCAAGGAGAUUUGGGAUAGUGAGCAUAGUGGGGUCAUUCCCAAUGCUUCGCAUGCGUUGAGUAAUGAUGAUCAGGCGGAGCCCAGGAGGUGGUUGGUGGAGAGGGUUAUGGGGUAUUUGAGGGGAGCGGAGAAGGCGUGAGGGCUUUUAUAGGAUUAGAUACUAGGUAUAUGUACAUAUUUAUUGAAUGCGCCCACGAAAAUUACCUAGUAUUGCAGGCACCCGACAUAUGCCUGGCGAAAUGACCAUCUGCGGAAGUAUGUGGUUUGUUGAAUACUAUGAUAAUCGGGCCGCAUAUAAAAGGCCUCAUAAUCCUCACCUAGAUAGGCCUUCUUGAUAGUCUGAUAGGAUCAUAAAUCUGAUCGUUUUGAAAAUUGUUUCAUACGAAUAGCUUACCAGAUAUCCUGCAAUAUUUUAAAAAGCCACUUCCGUGAAAUGCGAGGUAUAAUGAAC